AACACUCUCACCAAUAAUUCACAAUUCUUGCUUGAAUUCUCCUGAUUCCGAUGAUCUUCAUCAAUUUCAAGCUCGUCGGGUUUCAACCUCUUCACUUCCAUUCCUAAGUUCAGUUCGCCGAUCAAUUUAUUCUUCGUUACGGAGAUGUUAUUGUGCCGCUUAUCUGUUGGAGGUCCAGCCUGCUCUUCGAAUAAAACAAACCUCGAAUCUGUCUGGUUCGAGAUGGUUGAAGGACUUUGCAUGCAGUUAGUGUUUGGUGAGGCUUCAAUGGCACCUACCAUAUGAAUAAAAAUAAUAUUUUUUUAAUAAAUGUAUUAUACAGAA